AUGGCACCACCCGAAGUCUCGCGUGACGCUGAGCUCCUCUAUGAUUAUCACCAGCUGCACAUGACCCUCCAUCGCAAGGUCGACGCUGUCUUCUGUCUCUGCAGCCUAGACACCCGCGUCGCCGAACGCGCCGCCGCGCUGUUUCUCGACGGCUAUGGCGACUAUCUCAUAUUCUCGGGUGGAUCUGGCAAGCUGACCGAAGGCCGUUUCAGCAAGCCCGAAGCCGAGGUAUUCGCCGACAUCGCUCUCCAGAUGGGUGUCCCUCGGGCGAGAAUCAUCGUGGAGCCGCUCUCUACCAACACAGGCGAGAAUGUGCGAUUCGCGUACACGUUGCUGCAGAAGAAGGGUCUGCUGCUCCGCUCAUUCAUCCUCGUCCAGAAGCCGUAUAUGGAAAGACGCACUUUUGCGACAUUCAAGCGUCAGUGGCCUGACGAAAGCACCGACAUCUCAGUUACAUCGCCACAACUCUCGUGGAAAGACUAUCCCAACGAAGAAAACCCGCAGGAUCUGGUCAUCAACAUAGCUGUUGGCGAUCUGAUACGCAUUCGCGAUUACCCGGCGAAGGGGUUCCAGAUCCCCCAGGAUAUCCCCGAUGGGGUAUGGCAAGCGGCCCAGCGACUCGUUCGUGCAGGUUAUGAUAGCCAUCUACCAUAG